AUGCUGGGUCUUUUCAACGAGUUCCUUGGGCUUGAAUUCGUGCCUGUACCACCGCAGGACUUGGAGGGGAAGCUUUGGGCUCCGGAUGUUGAGGCGUGGGGGGUGUGGGAGGGAAGGGGAGAGAGAAAGGGUGAGUUUGUGGGAUAUUUGUACACAGAUGUUCUUUGGAGGGAAGGUAAGUAUCGUGGAAACUGCAAUGUCAACUUGCAAUGCGGCUACGUCAAAGAUGAUGGGACAAGAGUGUACCCCGCUACAAUCCUCAUGUGCGCCUUUCAGCCUCCGACAGCCGCGUCCUGCGCGCUCCUAAAGCACCGCGAGGUCGUUACUUUGUUCCAUGAACUGGGCCAUGGCCUCCACGACCUUGUUUGCCGCACCAAGUACACUCGCUUCCACGGCACGCGUGUGAAACCCGAUUUUGGCGAGGCACCGAGCACGAUGCUCGAAUACUGGUGCUGGUUACCGCAGGAGCUGGCAAAGAUGGGCCGGCAUUAUGCGCGAGUUGACCCGGCUUACCUGGCGAAAUGGAGGGAAGACCAUGGCGACGCCGAACUCCCCCCAGAAAAGAUCCCACAGGAGCUUCUCGAGAAGUUGGUAGAAAGCCGUGAUCUAAAUCGAUCUCUGUGGUUCCUGAGACAGCUGGUUUUUGCGACAUUCGACUUCACCGUAAACAAUCAAGAGUCCACCGCCGCACUGAGGGACCUGGACGAGAUCGAGCUUUUCAACAACCUGCAGGACUCCCUCACGCUGAGAGCGAACCCUGACAAGAGGGGUUUUGGACACGUUCAAUCAAACCAUCUCAUUAGCCUCUAUGACGCAGGGUAUUACUCGUACCUAAGUGCCCAGGCUUUUGCAGCCGAAUUUUUCGAGUCAACCUUUGCAAAGGACCCCCGCAACCCCGAGGCAUGGGAGCGCUAUCGUCGAGGAAUCCUGGAAUACGGCGGCAGCAAGGCUGAGAUGGACAUUAUGACUGACUUUCUCGGCCAUGAGCCAGGACCGGACGCGCUUUUGAGAAGCCUUGGACAGACGAAGGAAAAACAUUAA